UCCCAGUUUUUUAAUACAAGGGAGAAAAAUAGAGAGAAUAGAGAGAAGAGGGGAACAUUGGCAGAGGAAAUCCUUGCGGAAGACUGAACUUUGUUCCCUCUCUUUCUCUUGCUCAUUCUGCCCAGGAUUCGGUCAUCGUUUAUCUCACUGUGUGUAGAAAGCCAUGGCCAGUUUUGGAGGAUCCAUACAGAAGUGCAGGGCAUGUGAAAAAACAGUUUAUCUUGUUGAGAAGCUAGCCGCAGAUGGUCGUAUAUAUCACAAGGCCUGCUUUCGAUGCCACCAUUGCCAGAAUACCCUUAAGCUAAGCAACUACUGUUCUAUCGAUGGGGUGCUCUAUUGCAGACCGCACUAUGAUCAACUAAUAUUCUUUUGUUUCCUUUCAUUCUCAUUCGUCACAGGAACACCCAAAAUUCAGAAACCAGAAAGAUUCGAGAGUGAGAACGCCAAAACACUGGCAAAGGCUUUUGGGGGAACAAAAGACAUAUGCAUGUGUUGCAAAAAGACAGUGUAUGCCACUGAGAAGGUUACGGUUAACGGGACUCCCUAUCACAAGGGCUGCUUCAAAUGUACCUAUGGAGGUUGUACUAUAAGCUCAUCAAAUUUUGUUACACAUGACACAAGGCUCUACUGCAAACAUCAUCACAUUCAACUUUUCAAGGAGAAAGGGAAUUACAGUCAGCUCGAGACUACUGAAGUUUCUGCUUAAUGUCAAUAAAAAGAUUGUUGGUAGUUUUGGAAAAUGGGUGCUACAAUUUCACGUAUAUAUUACUCUGGUCUUGUACAAGUACUAUAAGGUGAAAUUUGCUAUGUAUUCAUCAUAAGAAUGCUUUUCAGCAUUUUUAUUAAAAUUAGAAGAGCUCUUCUCUUGUA